GUGGGCGGGGCGUGGCGGGUAGCUGUGGCAGCGGCUGAGCGGUGGCAGCGGUGGCAGCGGUGCGGAGCCCCAUGGUGCCGGUGCGCGGGCCGCGGCGGCUGAGCGAGGCGGCGCCGCCAUGGGCUCCCUGUUCCGCAGCGAGAGCAUGUGCCUGGCGCAGCUCUUCCUGCAGUCGGGCACCGCAUACGAGUGUCUGAGCGCGCUGGGCGAGAAGGGCCUGGUGCAGUUCCGAGACCUCAACCAAAAUGUAAGUUCUUUUCAAAGAAAAUUUGUUGGCGAGGUGAAGAGGUGUGAAGAGCUGGAAAGAAUAUUGGUGUACCUGGUGCAGGAAAUUACCAGAGCUGAUAUUCCCCUGCCUGAGGGAGAGGCCAGUCCUCCCGCACCACCUCUUAAACAUGUUCUAGAAAUGCAGGAGCAGCUGCAGAAGCUCGAGGUGGAGCUGAGAGAAGUCACCAAGAACAAGGAGAAGCUGAGGAAGAACCUGCUGGAACUGGUGGAGUACACCCACAUGCUGAGGGUCACGAAGACCUUCGUCAGGCGGAACGUGGAAUUUGAACCCACUUAUGAAGAGUUCCCUGCCUUAGAGAACGAUUCUCUGUUGGAUUACAGCUGCAUGCAGAGGCUGGGCGCCAAGCUGGGGUUCGUGUCUGGCCUGAUUCAGCAAGGCAAAGUGGAAGCAUUUGAAAGAAUGCUGUGGCGGGCCUGCAAAGGGUACACCAUCGUGACCUAUGCAGAGCUGGACGAGUCCCUGGAGGACCCCGAGACGGGUGAGGUCAUCAAGUGGCACGUGUUCCUGAUAUCCUUCUGGGGCGAGCAGAUCGGCCACAAAGUUAAGAAGAUCUGUGAUUGUUACCACUGCCAUGUCUACCCGUAUCCAAACACGGCUGAGGAGCGCAGGGAGAUUCAGGAGGGGCUCAAUACUCGGAUCCAAGACCUUUACACUGUGCUGCACAAAACGGAGGAUUACCUGAGGCAGGUGCUGUGCAAGGCGGCCGAGUCAGUGUGCAGCCGGGUGGUGCAGGUGAGGAAGAUGAAAGCCAUCUACCACAUGCUCAACAUGUGCAGCGUUGACGUCACCAACAAGUGUCUCAUAGCGGAGGUCUGGUGCCCCGAGGUGGACCUGCCAGGCUUGCGCAGAGCGCUGGAGGAAGGUUCGAGAGAGAGCGGAGCUACAAUCCCCUCGUUCAUGAACACAAUCCCUACGAAAGAGACACCACCCACUCUGAUCCGCACCAACAAGUUCACUGAGGGCUUCCAGAACAUCGUGGACGCCUAUGGUGUCGGGAGCUACCGAGAAGUGAACCCAGCUCUCUUCACCAUCAUCACCUUCCCGUUCCUGUUUGCUGUGAUGUUUGGUGACUUUGGACACGGCUUUGUCAUGUUCCUGUUUGCCCUUUUACUGGUGUUAAAUGAGAAUCAUCCCAGACUAAGCCAGUCACAGGAGAUCCUGAGGAUGUUCUUUAACGGCCGCUAUAUCCUGCUGCUGAUGGGGCUGUUCUCCGUGUACACCGGCCUCAUCUACAAUGAUUGCUUCUCCAAGUCUGUCAACCUCUUUGGCUCCGGGUGGAACGUGUCUGCCAUGUACAGCUCCAGUCACUCUCAAGAGGAACAAAAGAAGAUGGUGCUUUGGAAUGACAGCACCAUCAGGCACAGCAGGACUUUGCAGCUGGAUCCGAACAUCCCUGGAGUUUUUCGAGGCCCCUACCCUUUCGGCAUUGACCCUAUUUGGAACCUGGCCACAAAUCGCCUCACUUUCCUCAAUUCCUUCAAGAUGAAAAUGUCUGUUAUUUUAGGAAUUAUUCACAUGACUUUUGGUGUCAUUCUGGGAAUAUUUAACCACUUGCACUUUAGGAAGAAGUUUAACAUCUACCUGGUGUCCGUCCCUGAGAUCCUGUUCAUGCUCUCCAUCUUUGGGUACCUGAUCUUCAUGAUCAUCUACAAGUGGCUGGCAUACUCGGCAGAGACCUCUAGGGAGGCCCCCAGCAUCCUGAUCGAGUUCAUUAACAUGUUCCUGUUCCCGUCCAGUGAGACACAUGGCCUCUAUCCUGGGCAGGCGCAUGUCCAGAGAGUGUUGCUGGCCCUCACUGUGCUGGCGGUCCCUGUGCUCUUCUUAGGAAAGCCGCUCUUCCUGCUGUGGCUGCACAAUGGGCGCAGUUGCUUUGGUGUGAGCCGGAGCGGCUACACACUCGUAAGGAAGGACAGUGAAGAGGAGGUUUCUUUGCUGGGCAGCCAGGACAUAGAAGAGGGGAGCAGCCGCAUGGAAGAAGGCUGCCGGGAAGUGACGUGUGAGGAGUUUAACUUUGUGGAGAUCCUGAUGACGCAGACCAUCCACUCCAUUGAGUACUGCCUUGGCUGCAUCUCCAACACCGCGUCCUACCUGAGGCUUUGGGCCCUCAGCCUGGCGCAUGCACAGCUGUCCGAUGUGCUGUGGGCCAUGCUGAUGCGUGUGGGCCUGCGUGUGGACACCACCUACGGGGUCUUGCUGCUGCUGCCUGUCAUGGCUUUCUUUGCAGUUUUGACUAUUUUUAUCCUUCUGGUCAUGGAGGGGCUUUCUGCAUUUCUCCACGCCAUACGCCUUCACUGGGUUGAAUUUCAGAACAAAUUCUACGUUGGUGCAGGCACCAAAUUUGUUCCUUUCUCCUUCAGUCUGCUCUCCUCCAAGUUCUGUAAUGACGACGACAUUGCAUGAUCACAUGGCUGCAGCCGUCCGCUCUCAGGGUUAUGGAGAAUGAUCAUGUUACAGAAUUCCCUCAAGUCAGAUUUCUGACGGGAAAAUUCCACCCUCGAUGAUUGCCUUACGACUCAGCCAAAUGAUUCUGUAAGAUACACCUCUCCUCGUGUUGAAGAUUUUGUAAAGCUCACCACUUCGGACACAGAAAUUUCAUUGGUUUUUAUUAUGAGCAAAUGUAAGCUAUGCCAACAUUACAUUAAAGAUAUUUUUUUAAUAAGUGUAAGAUUGGAGGAGAAAAGCCAGCUAAAUGGCUAGCUAAAAUUGUUUUUAGAUUCUUGAUUCCCUUCCAACUUUAAAAAAACACAAAAGUUGUUCCAUCACGAGAAGACGUCCGAUACCAUAGUUUUCUUCAGACAUUCUGCUGGGCCAUCAGCAGAUCCCCGCACCCUGCUGGCUCAAGAAUGUAUAUGUGUUCUGCCUGGAUGCUGUCGGAGUCACAGGAGGGGAUGGACAACAUAACACAGCAGAUGGCUUUCCUGCUUGUUUUUACAAGAGCCUGCCUGUUACCCUUAUGUCAGACCAGUCCAGAGCCUUAAAUCCCGGUGCGGCUGCAGAGAAGACAGGUGAAAGUAAUGUGUAUUUUUGUAGCAAAGAACAAAUGAAGCUAUUUUGCCACAGAGACCUUGCUUCUGCUGGGGAACAGUGUAAUUUUUUACUUUCACAGUAAUUCUAAAUAAAGGUCUGAUGGCCACAGUUUAAUUUCUAAAAACUCUUCAGGUCAGUUGAAAA